CCGUCCCGUAGCAGCCAUGCAGCUCCUGCUUCUGCUCGCCUGGGCUCUGCUGCCAGGCUGUGGGGCGAUAGGCUGGCGCAGAACCGUGCGGAGAUUCGUGGGGGAGUCCCUCUCGGUCACUUGCAAGUACCGGCCCGGCCAGGAGACGAACCCGAAGUUCUGGUGCAACCCGGGAACAGUUUAUACCUGUGCUGAGGACAUCGUCAUCACUUCGGAGUCACAGCCCGUGGUGCGGAAGGGCCGAUUCUCCAUCCGGGAUAACCGCACACGCCGGGUGUUCACAGUGACUGUGGAGGAUCUGACCGAGGAGGACACGGGAACCUACCUCUGUGGGGUGCGAACGGGAGGGCUCCAGUUUGAUCAGAGUGCUGAAGUGGAGGUGAUCGUGUUGCCAGCCACCCCACCAUCAACCUCCACCACAAACAAGCACACCGAUCUCACUAGCUCUGUAACAGGCCCCACACAGACAACUUCCCAAGGGGGAACUGUGCACAUGACAUCAAGUCCAUCCAGCGACCAAAGAUUGAACGUGGUUGAGCACAUCCUCACUCCAGGCAUCAUAGUAGUUCUUCUUUUGCUUGCUGUGGCUGCUGCUGUUCUGGUAAUACUGUCCAGGAAGAGGAAAAAGGCCCUCUCCGGAGCAGCCAUAGAGAUGGACAGGACUCACAGUGUUUCUCAUACAGGAGCAGAUGCCUUGAAUUAUGCAGACAUUAACCACCACAUGGGCACAGCCGAGAGCCAGCUGUACAGCAACGCCAAGACUUUAUGGAGCCUGGAAAACUCCACAGUCGAGUACAUGGAAGUCAGGCACAGUGCUAAGCCUGUGGAAGAGGAAUCAGAGGCGAUAUACGCCAGGGUGCAGAAGCGUGUGCCGCAGCAGGAGCAGAUCUACAGCAACAUGCCACCAGCUCAACAGCCCAGUGAGGAGCCUGACAGCAGAGCUGGGGGGGUGUGAGCCAGCACCCAGACCCAUGGGCUGCUCCUACUGCCAGGAGUGCCACUGGGACCUGCAUGGAGGGGAUUGCAUUGGUAUUCCACUCAGGCAGGAGCUGGCUGGACAGUGGAGCUGCUG